AAAUAGGAAUGUAUUGAUCUUUUUGAAAUGGAUUAAAAAGCCAACCAAAUUAGGCUAGGAAGAAAAAGAAAAAGGAGCGAACACAGUGAAGAGAGAGAAAGUGAGUGAGAGAGAGAGAGAGCCGUGUGAUUCUAGAAAACUGUUUGAUUCGUAAACUCAGGGAUUCGCGUGGAGAUUGAAAAUCUCGCCGGCGAAUCUUUCUCGCAAUAUCGCCGGGGAGUUGACCGGUGAUUUUGAUCGGAGACAGCCGAAGAUUUUUGGUUCGAGGUGAAUAGAAGUAAAUAAGGAUGGUCAAUGCAAUGGUGGAAAGAGCAACGAGCGACAUGCUCAUAGGUCCUGAUUGGGCUAUGAAUCUCGAGAUCUGCGAUAUUUGCAAUCACGAUCCCGCGCAAGCCAAAGAUGUGGUGAAAGGAAUAAAAAGGCGUCUUGGUAGUAAGAAUCCCAAAGUCCAACUUCUUGCUCUUACACUGUUGGAAACAAUUGUGAAGAAUUGUGGGGAUAUUGUCCAUAUGCAUGUUGCUGAGAAAGAUCUCCUUCAUGAGAUGGUGAAAAUUGUAAAAAAGAAGCAACCCGACUUGCAUGUCAAGGAAAAAGUAUUAAUUUUGAUAGACACAUGGCAAGAAGCAUUUGGAGGACCAAGGGCAAGAUACCCACAAUUUUAUGGAGCAUACCAGGAGUUGCUGCGCAUUGGAGCUGUAUUCCCUCAGAGAUCUGAGAGAUCAGCCCCAGUGUUCACACCCCCCCAAACACAUCCACUGGCUUCAUACCCACAGAAUCUACGGAAUCCUGAAUCCGGACAGGAAGCAGCUGAGUCUUCUGCAGAGGCUGAAUAUCCAACCUUGAGCUUGACAGAGAUCCAGAAUGCACGUGGUAUCAUGGAUGUCCUUGCUGAAAUGCUGAGUGCAUUAGAUCCGGAAAACAAAGAGGGACUGAAACAAGAGGUGAUUGUUGAUUUGGUGGAACAAUGUCGUACCUACAAGCAAAGAGUGGUACACCUUGUAAACUCGACUACGGAUGAAUCACUGCUUUGUCAAGGGCUAGCGCUGAAUGAUGAAUUGCAGCGUGUAUUGGCCAAACAUGAAGCUAUUGCUGCAGGAACUUCUGUUAAAGUGGAAAAACCAAAAUCUGAUUCAGUUCAAUNAAAAACCCAGUCAAUAUGCUUGAUUUUCAUUAGAUGUGAACCAAUUUUGUCAUCUAAGUCACUUGGUGUGCUUUUCAGAUCUACUUCAAGUACUAGCUUAGGGACACAGUUGCUUCUUCCAGCUCCUCCAUCAGCUAGCAGUCCAUCAACAACAGCAAAUGUUGGCCCGAAAAUUGAUCUUCUGAGUGGAGAUGACUUUAGCUUGCCUACGGCUGCGGAUGCACUGGCUCUUGUUCCUGUUGGUGGAGAACCUCAGCCUGCAAGUCCUGUUUCACAGCAGAAUGCCCUUGCUCUUGUUGACAUGUUUUCACCACCCAGCAACUCACAAUCUCUAUAUUCAGUUGGGCAGACGCAUCCUUCAUCCCCUCAGUUUCAACAACAGAGUUUCAAUCCUACCCAGCCAUCUUUGUACCCAAAUGGAAGUGCCCCUGUAACAACCUAUACACAAGGCUCUAAUGCGGCGUGGAACGGACAGAUAUCACAGCAACAGCAGUCAUCUUCUCCGGUUUAUGGUGGUCAAAGCAGUAGUUCUUUUCCACCACCUCCAUGGGAAGCUGAGGCAGCUGAGAAUGGCCAAAUGGUAGGGAAUCCUCAUGCUCAACCAAUGCAAAAUAAUCAGUUGUUGCCAGGUAGUCCACAUGCUCUACCAAUGCACAACAAUCAGCUAAUGGCUGGUAGUCCAAAUGCUUUAUCAAUGCAAAAUAAUCAGCUGGUGGCAGCUAACAGCCAGCAAUUAGCUGGUGGUUCAUAUGCCCAUGGUAUGUAUGCACAUCAGAUCACUGGUGGACACCCCGCCAUGCUGAACCAGACUAUGCAAAGCAAUCAGAUGGUAGGCUUGUCACCUCAACCAAUGCAAGGUGGGCAAUUGAUGGGUAUGUUUCCACAACAAAUGCCAUCUGGGCAGAUGGGUUAUAUGUAUUCUCAGCAAAUGUAUGGCAACCAAAUGGCUGGUUAUGGCUACGGUUAUGCCCAACCACAGAACACUCAAUUUCUUAACCAGAGAAUGUCUGGGCUCUCCGUGAGGGAUGAUGGCGUCCUAAAUAAUUCGUCCUAUCCAGUUUCAACUCCUUCAUAUGUACCAUCUGGAAAGCCCUCAAAGCCGGAAGACAAACUAUUUGGGGAUCUUGUUGACAUUUCAAAGUUCAAGUCAUCCAAAACUACUCCUGGCAGAGCUGGGAGCAUGUGAAAGUGACUGGUUUCUGCACUGUUUAUUUUUCCUUCGAUAUAGUUCUCACUUCUAUUUAGUGAUCAAAGCUUCUGUUGUUUGUUCUGAUUUUUUCCCUUAACACUUGAUUUUCACAGAUUGGUCCUUUUAGUCCAUACUCAUUUUAUUGUUCUUCAUGAGAGUUUGUACAUUUCUUGUAGAGAGUAAAACCAAGAUCACAAAGAAAGAAAGUCGACGAACCUCCUUUUUACCAGCUUGAAUAUGUAUAGAAUGCCUUUAUUUAUGUUUUUUUUUGCA